AUGUUUAAAGUUGCUGUUGCUCUUAUCCUAUUAGUAGCUGUCUGCCAUGGACAAUUUGGUCUUCCUGGUGGCUUUUCGAACAAACCAGAAUUAAUUAAUACUGACUUCAUUCAAGGCUUGGUGGUUUUUGCUGCUGAAGCAUUAUCUCAAUCACAAAAUCUUUUUCUUAGAAACCUCCAAGUUACCGCCGUUCAAACUCAAGUUGUCAAUGGUAUGAAUUAUAAAAUUGGGUUUACUGCUCAACCCACCAAUGCUCAACUCGGUAGUGUAACAAAAUGUGAAGUUGUCGUCUAUGUUCCAAUAAACGGAAAACCAAACCUUAGUUCAAGUCAAUGUCAAACAUCAUAA